AUGGGCUUAAAGGUUGUCCAAAUUAAUGUGCAGCACUCUAAAACGGACAACGUAACCGUUCUCUUGGUGGAGGAGGAAGUGAACAUCGCUUUAAUUCAGAAACCCUGGGAGCGUAGCACCGAGGUGAAGGGUUCACUGGAAACAACUACAAUAUCUACUAUAAACGGAUUCAAGGAUGUGAUGGCUUUUGAGGUGGAAGCCACUGACGAAGUUAGAAUAAUAUUCGCCUCAAUAUACAGGGCACAUGACAGACCAGCACCGCUUUUGGAGGGCCGCAGACUUGUGUAUGGAAAUACAACCAAAAUCCUGCUACUCGAAAGCGACGCCAAUGCGAGGCACGCCUUAUGGGUAAGCUCCGAAAACAACGACCGGGACGAUCUGACAGUGGUGGCGCUGGAGGGCUGCAAGGAUGAGACGCUACUCUUUGGGUCCUGCUAUAUGCCACAUGAUGAGGAAGCACCACAGACGGAACUUCGGAAGCUGGUAGAAACAGCUGCCAGAAAGAAGCAUGCUCUGGUGGUAGGAACGGACGCAAACGCACAUCACACGGUCUGGGGAAGUGCAGACAUAAAUGACCGAGGUGAGUCACUAUUUACCUAUAUUCUUCAGAGUAGUCUAGAAAUAGCUAAUAGAGGUGAGGAACCAACAUAUGUGGGACCAACCUCGAGGAAUGUACUCGAUUUAAUACUCUACACAAGCAGGCAUGUUAUGGUUCAGGAAUGGGAAGUAUUGAGUAGGUCUUCAUUCUCUGAUCACAGACACAUAAGCUUCCAGGGAUAUACUAUCAAAAACACCAAUAAUACCCCGGAAAUACAAGUCAAACAUCGCGCUUGA